AUGACCAAAUCAGAUUGCAACCGAAGUCCUGGAACGGAAUACGGUUAUGACCAGAGGUUCCACUCUGAAAAUAUAAAGGUAUUUGAAAAGCAAGGACUGUCCAAUUUUUCUACUCUUUUACUGAGUGAAGAAACAAAUAUUUUAUAUGCUGGAGUCAAAGAUUAUAUCCUUGUUUUUGACUUAAAUGACAUUUCUAAAGAAAUAUCCAGAGUAUCCUGGUUUGCUUCAGAGGAUAGUAAGCUUCAAUGUCUUCGCAAAGGAAAAAGCAAGGCAGAAUGCAACAAUUAUAUACUUAUUAUGCAUAAAAUAAAUGCAACAAAUUUAUAUAUAUGUGGCACAAAUGCAUUUCAUCCAGCUUGUCGUUACAUGGUAAUUGACAAUAUGAAAUUAAAGUUGUAUACAAGAGCUACAGAAAGCAGAGGAAGAUGUCCAUAUGAACCAACUCUGAGUUAUGCCUCUUUAAUGGUUGAUGGUGCACUUUAUACAGCCACUUCAAAUAACUUCUUGGGUACAGAGCCAAUUAUACUGCGGAGUUUCAGGAAUCCUUUAAGGACAGAAUAUAAAGCAUCAUGGCUUAAUGAACCCACUUUUAUUCAUAUGGAACUCAUACAGGAGAAUGAAGCAGUCUCUGACACUGACAGAAUUUAUGUGUUCUUCACGGAAACUGCUACUGAGUUUGAGUUCUACGAUAAACUUCGGGUAUCACGAGUAGCUCAACUCUGCAAAGGUGAUCUUGGUGGAAAGCGAACAUUAAAAAAAAGAUGGACCUCAUUUUUAAAAUCUACCCUUCUCUGUUCUAUUCCUGAACUGCAAUUUCAAUUUAAUAUCCUUCAGGAUGUCUUCGUAGUCAAGAAUUCAAACUGGCGGAAAACCAUAAUUUAUGGGAUUUUUACCCAGCAAUGGGGAAAGUUGGAUAUCUCAGCUGUUUGUGCAUUCCAGAUGGAGACUAUUCAAGAUAAUUUUCUGAAAGGAAGCUUCAAAGGUCCUGUUGCUUUGGAAAAUUCUCAUAUGAAAUGGGUGAUGUACAGGGGAGAUGUCCCAAUUCCUCGCCCUGGGGCUUGUGCCGAUGUUUCUGCUCUACACUUGGGGUACACCUCUUCACUUGACUUGCCAGACAAAGUCCUCCAGUUUGCCCGAGACCACCCUUUGAUGGACAGUAUUGUGAACUCAGUUGGUCUUCAGCCUGUCUUCCUGAAAAGGGGUACCAAGUACACACAACUCAUAAUAAGCCAAGCCACUGACUUGGAUAAUGUCACAUAUGAUAUCUUUUUCCUAGGGACAGAUAAGGGUUAUUUGCAUAAAACUCUCAAUCACCAUGGAGAAAUUAUUAUUUUGGAAGAAAUACAGCUGUUCCCAUCAGCAGAACCUGUGCAGAUACUCAAACUAGCUUCUCUAAAGGGCCUGUUGUAUGCCAGUUCUCCUUCCCAGCUAGUACAGCUCCCUGUUGCAAUUUGCAGCUGGUAUAAACAAUGCUUUGAUUGUAUCUUGGCAAGGGAUCCCUACUGUGCAUGGUCCCUCUCUCUUCACAAUUGUAUCCUCCUGGCUAAACACCUUGAACAUUCACAAGAUCUAAUCCAGAGCAUCAGGAAUGGUGAUAUCAACAGGUGUCCUGAAGUAGAAAAGAAAAUCAGAAGGUACCCUGUCACCCUUGGCAGCAGCCCUCAUCUUAACUGUGAACCUUUGUCCAACACAGCCAACCUCCUCUGGAUGUUUAACAAGAGCCGCUUGCUGGAAGAAGAGGCUAAAUAUCUCAUCCAUACAAAAGGACUGGUUGUCUUUAAUGUAACCGUUGCUGAUACUGGGCUUUAUGAAUGUCAGUCUGUUGAAAAAGUCAAUGGGCGAACAUUUCGUGUAACAGUAGAUAUCUAUUUCCUUCAGCUCCAGCCAGAGAAAACUUUCUACGGCCCUAAGUGUGACUUGUCAAACCUGAUGUGUUCUGAAAUAGCAGGUCCAAAAAGCAAACCUUUGGCAGGCCCAGAGACAGAGAACCCAAGGCAACCGCCAUCCAGAAGAAUCCAAAGUUUGUUGUUUAUACUAAUAGUUGUGGGGUCCACCGUUGCCCUUCUUUUCUUCCUUUUGCUUUCUUGGAAUAUUUACAAAGGCCAUAUCUCUCUGUCCUGGGUCUCUAUAUCUAAAAUAUCAGCAGAUGAAUCAGCAAGUCCAGAAAUGAGUCUGGAGCAAGUAGACCUUACUCAGACAAGCUCAUCCUCAAAAACAAUUACUAUCUCCACUGGCAAAUCAAGCCCAUUGAUGUCUUCCUCUAAAAUAGAUUGCAGUAUAAAUAUGAAGCCAAGCAUUAACUCCACUAAAAUCUGUGAUUCUUCAAAUUGUCUGGUGAUGGAUGAAAUCAAAAUUCCUGAUAAAGACCAUGAAAUACAAGAUUGCUCCAAGAGAAGGAGUUCAACACUUUUUUGA